AUGAAGAACGUAUCAAUUGUGGGAUCUGGACCCGCUGGGUUCUACACUGCAUAUCGUCUGUUGAAAAAGGCAGUUGAGCCCUUAUCGGUCAAGAUUUGGGAGAAACGACCAAUCCCGUUUGGGUUGAGUAGGUUUGGUGUAGCUCCAGAUCACCCAGAAGUAAAAAAUUGUGAAGAAACGUUUACAUCCAUUUUCACAGAGACAUUGAGUAAUGGACACAAGGUUCAAUUCCUGGGGGAUGUCGAAAUUGGUAAUGGUGGAGUGAAAUUGAUGGAUCUGCUAUCGAAGGAAGAUGUGGUCGUGUUGUCCUAUGGCUGUUCUGAUGAUAGAAGAUUGCAUAUCCCAGGAGAGGCAAACGCUAGCGGUGUUUUCACCAGUAGGGAGUUUGUGAAUUGGUAUAACGGUGAUUUGAAUAUGUCACAGCCAGAUUCGAAAUUGAACCAGUUUGACUGGAAUAAAGUUAAAAAUGUGGGGAUAAUCGGUAAUGGGAAUGUAGCUCUCGACAUCACUAGAGUUUUGAUAAGUAAUAAAAUCAAAGAAAUAUGGGAUCCUACUGAUAUUUCUGUCAUGGCUUUAGAAAAAUUGAGAAAAGCACCAAUUGAGAAUAUUAAAAUUAUUGGCAGAAGAGAUUUUGUACAUUCGAAGUUCACUAAUAAAGAAUUGAGAGAGUUGUGGGAACUAGAGAAAUUUGGUAUUCAUGGCAAGAUCGAUUCAAAGUAUUUCGAUCCGGAACAACUACUACAACAGUUUGGUAAGAAUAGACCUUUGAAAAGAAGAAUUGAAAUGUGUAUGGAAUAUUUGAAACCUUUCGAGAAAAGAUCACCAAAAUAUAAGAAAUUUGAACAAUUUGCAGGCUUGGUAGAUACUCCGUCUUGGGAAUUGGAUUAUUUGAAAACUCCCGUAAGGAUCAAUUCUGAUAUUGAAACCGGAGCAAUCAAAUCUCUCACUUUACAUGGGAAUAAGAUCAGUGAAGAGAAUAGGUUAACAAACGAUGGAACGGAGUACACAUACAAUAUAGAUUUAUUGAUAGAGUCCCUUGGAUAUAAGGGCAAACCACUACAGGAAUUUGAUGAGUUAGGUAUCAAAUUCAAUGAUCAUGUUUCUACGAACGCUAAAGGACAAGUGCUCACCAUGAGCGACGCCAUUGUGCCCAGAUUGUACGCUACAGGAUGGAUACGAACAGGAAGCAAAGGUGUCAUAGCAGCUACUAUGCAAGAUGCAUUUACUGUUGCAGAUAGUGUCUUGAACGAAGUGUCUGCUACGAAUGCCAAUCUUGGGGGAUUCAAUACCCAGGAUAUACCGCAUACUACUUGGUCCGACUGGGAAAAGAUCAAUUUGAGUGAAAUUAGUAAGGGAGCAGUAUUGAAAAAGAGUAGACUGAAGUAUCUAAGUUAUGCUGAGAUGUUGCGUUGUCUUGACUAG